AUUUUCAAUCACUCUCACCAGUCACAAAAAAAAACACAAAAACUAAAAAAGAUCAAGAAAAUUUCUAAUGGCUGCCUCAACCAUGGCUCUGUCCUCCCCUGCCUUUGCCGGAAAGGCCGUGAAGCUCUCACCGGGAGCCUCAGAGGUCUUUGGAACCGGCCGUGUCACCAUGAGAAAAACCGUCAAACCCACCGGUCCAUCUGGCAGCCCAUGGUACGGAUCCGACAGGGUCAAGUACUUGGGUCCAUUCUCCGGAGAGCCCCCAAGCUACCUCACAGGAGAGUUCCCCGGUGACUACGGAUGGGACACCGCCGGUCUUUCCGCUGACCCCGAGACCUUCGCCAGGAACCGUGAGCUAGAAGUUAUCCACUGCAGAUGGGCCAUGCUUGGAGCCCUAGGCUGUGUUUUCCCUGAACUUUUGGCUAGGAACGGAGUGAAGUUCGGAGAAGCUGUUUGGUUCAAGGCUGGUUCACAGAUCUUCAGCGAAGGAGGGCUCGACUACUUGGGAAACCCGAGCUUGGUCCACGCACAGAGCAUCUUAGCCAUUUGGGCUACUCAGGUGAUCCUCAUGGGAGCUGUUGAAGGUUACAGAGUCGCCGGAGAAGGACCAUUGGGGGAAGCAGAGGACUUGCUCUACCCAGGAGGCAGCUUUGACCCGUUGGGUCUUGCUGCCGACCCAGAAGCUUUCGCGGAGUUGAAGGUGAAGGAGAUCAAGAACGGAAGGUUGGCUAUGUUCUCUAUGUUUGGAUUCUUCGUUCAGGCUAUCGUCACCGGAAAGGGACCGUUGGAGAAUCUUGCUGACCAUUUGGCUGAUCCAGUCAACAACAAUGCAUGGGCCUUUGCCACCAACUUCGUCCCCGGAAAGUGAAGGAGUUAAAAGGUUAAUUAUCAUGCGAGUGAGCAGAAGAGAAAGAGAGUUUGUUUGUAUAUUUGUGAAACUUCCUUUGUCGUAUCUUUGUAUGAUUUUAUCAGAAACCGAACCUCUUUUUCUCAACUGUGUUGGCGUUUUAUCUUA